AUGCUUGACACGUACUACCGUGUCUCUCACCAUUUCAUUCCUGAGAAACCAAGAGCCCCGAGUAACAUCUAUCUCAUGCUCCAAUGGACCGCCGGCCUUAAGUACAACCACAUGUAUGGUGAAGUCAAGAACCAGCUUGGCAAUGUGCUUAAGGGCCUACAAAAAGAGCAUAACUUAGAAGACGCUGAAUUGCCAGUCGCCGUGCAAUCCGAUAUGCAACGCGUGAUUCAAUCACCUAUAAACUCUGACCAAUUAACUAAAGCACUUGAAAGUGUCUGCCACUACGCCGAACAAACAUUAGUCGCCGUGCUCGGCCACGGCCACGCCGACGGUGUGUAUGCCUCUGAUCACCUCACUAACUCAAGUAAUUUGUUGUAUCCUGGUAGCGGUGGUGCGUGCUUUGACAUGUUAGUAGAUGUGUUAUUUAGACUGUAUAAGCAACUGUGGUUCCUACGUAGGCAGUGCCUCGGUGGCAAAAGUCACAGCGGGUGGAAAGACUGCUCAUACGGCAGGCACGUGGCUGGCUCAGGUUGGCAGUGCAACAAUGAACAGUGUGCUGACCUAGACUGUCCCCAAAAGCCUAACCAAAGGGAACCAAAACACUAA